CGGGAAGCUAGGGCCACCUUUGGAGAUAGUAUUAUACUUACAUACUACAAUCCAUGACAUCCCACGCUCCGCGGCUCUUUCCCCAGAUUGUGUGCCGUGCAUCCCUCUCGCACUCCUACUAGCACUGCACCGGCACUUCUUCUCCCUGCCCCUCCGACAUCUCUCUUCCUCCACCAUCCUGCCUUCAAAAUGUCUUCUGCCGAUGCGAAGCCAUUGCCUUUCGUCUACCAGUUCGCGGCCGGUGCCGUGGCUGGUGUGUCGGAGAUUCUGAUAAUGUACCCUCUUGACGUUGUCAAGACCCGAGUACAACUUCAGACCGGCAAGGCAGUCGGUGACGAGGGUUACAAUGGCAUGGUGGACUGCUUCCGAAAAAUCAUCAAGAAUGAGGGUGCCUCGAGAUUGUACCGUGGUAUCACCGCUCCCAUUCUCAUGGAGGCGCCAAAGAGGGCCACCAAGUUUGCUGCCAAUGACUCAUGGGGUACCUUCUACCGUAACCUCUUCGGUCAAUCCAAGAUGAACCAGUCCCUGUCUAUCCUCACUGGCGCCACCGCCGGCGCAACUGAGUCCUUUGUCGUCGUACCUUUCGAGCUGGUCAAGAUUCGGUUACAGGACAAAGCCCAGGCGCACAAGUACAAUGGCAUGAUGGACUGUGUUACCAAGAUUAUCAGGCAGGAAGGUCCUCUUACUCUGUACCAGGGCCUGGAGUCAACCAUGUGGAGGCACAUUCUCUGGAACGCUGGAUACUUUGGGUGCAUUUUCCAGGUCCGCGCUCUCCUACCCAAGGCAACCGACAAGAGAAGCCAAAUCUCAAACGACCUCCUGUCUGGCGCUAUUGGUGGCACAGUCGGUACCAUUGUCAACACGCCCAUGGACGUGGUCAAGUCGCGUAUCCAGAACUCGCCAAAGGUUGCCGGUUUAGUACCCAAGUACAACUGGGCAUGGCCUGCACUCGGUACUGUCAUGAGGGAGGAGGGUUUCUCGGCCCUCUACAAGGGUUUCCUGCCCAAGGUUCUCAGACUUGGUCCUGGAGGUGGUAUCCUCCUUGUCGUCUUUACCGGUGUCAUGGACUUUUUCCGUACUAUGCGUGACGGUAAGUAGAUGGUGUGCAUACACAGCGAGGCGAGGAGGGAAAAGGGCGCAAUGCUUAUGAACUUUCUUCUAGAAAAUACGAAAGUAUGACGGAGGAAUAGAUGAUAGACUGUAGAUCAAGCACACUGUCUUGCUACGCCAGCAGCAGGACUGAAAUACAUUCUCACAACCC